CCCACUGAAUAUCCGCUACCACAAUACAUUCCUUCCUUACUUUACCACCAACUGUUGCUGUCCUUUUGGAAAGUGCUAUAUCUUUGAUAGUUUAAGGCAGCAGACAUCUCUUACGAUACGAACUUUUUAAAAUAAAUUAAAAGCUUUUCAAGAUGCUACAAAUUCAAAAGACAAAUCUUUUGCGAAACUUGCGCACGUUCUCUACCACUGCUGGUUUGAAAAAUGCUGCUUCUUUGUACGAGCAAACAAUACCUAAUUUAAUGAUUAAUUCAGACACCAAAGUUAUUUUCCAAGGUUUUACCGGAAAACAAGGUACCUUCCAUGCUCAGCAAGCCUUACAAUAUGGCACCAAUAUUGUCGGUGGUACCAAUCCCAAGAAGGCUGGUAGCACCCACCUUGACAAGCCUGUUUUCGGUAAUAUUGCUGAAGCUAUGAGAGAAACCAAAGCAAAUGCUUCUGGCAUCUUUGUCCCUCCCCCAUUGGCCGCUGGUGCGAUUGAAGAGGCUAUUGAAGCCGAAGUUCCUCUUGUAGUUGCCAUUACGGAGGGCAUUCCUCAACACGACAUGCUUCGUGUUUCGGAUAUCUUGAAGACUCAAAAUAAAACUCGUUUGGUAGGACCAAAUUGUCCCGGUAUCAUUCGUCCUGGUCAAUGUAAGAUCGGUAUUAUGCCUUCUCAUAUCCAUAAGCCCGGCCGUAUCGGUAUCGUUUCCCGUAGUGGAACAUUGACUUACGAAGCCGUCAACCAAACAACUCAAGCUGGUUUGGGUCAAAGCCUCGUCAUUGGUAUUGGCGGUGAUCCUUUCCCUGGAACCAACUUCAUUGAUGCCUUGAAACUGUUUUUGAAUGACCCUAAUACUGAUGGUAUCAUUUUGAUCGGUGAAAUCGGUGGUAGCGCUGAAGAAGAUGCUGCUGAAUUCAUAAAGCAAGCCAAUAAGAGCAAGAGCAAUCCUAAGCCCGUAGUUUCUUUCAUCGCCGGUGCCACUGCUCCUAAGGGCCGUAGAAUGGGUCACGCUGGUGCUAUCGUUGCUGGUGGUAAGGGUACCGCUGCCGCCAAGUUUCAAAGCUUGGAAGACGCUGGUGUCCGUAUUUCUCGCUCUCCCGCUACCCUUGGCAGUCUUCUUGUGGAGGAAUUGAACAAAUUGAACCAGUAAAUCAAGUCAAUACAUCGAAUGUCUGCUAUUACGAUGUCCUCGCUUUCUUUUACUCUUCACUCAGAUGAAUGAGUCAGUACAUAUCUCCCCCUCUCUCUUAUGUUAUGUAUGAAAGUAGAAUAAAAUCAUUGUGUACCGUUCUACUUUCGAGUUAAUAUAGUUAACAUACAUAUGAUUAAUAAUGCAGCAAAUGCAACAUCAUUGUGAACAUGGUCAUUUCAUUUUUUAUGAGUAAAUAGCUAAUCAUGUUUGAACUAGAUUCUUCUAGCCGAACUAUCAUUUAAAUCAUUGAUUUUCCAUC